AUAAUGUAAGAGCGUGACGCUUUGUUUAUGUGACACAGACUUUCUAGGAAGCGGAAAGCUUUUGUUUUGCUACACUACCAAACAAACAGUUUUAAAAAGUGGCGACGGAGUGAAGUUUCAACUUUUAAGGACACUUUUAAAAAAGUUUGCUGUGCAGCGAUGCUGAGAGCUUUGUUGUUGGUUUCUCUUGCCUUCAUUCCUUUGGCUGCGGGGUGGCCGACAGGAGCACCGAGUAAAGCAUGCGAAGCCAUGCUUCCCAAACACGGCAAUAACAGACCUCAACCAGCUCACCUUUCUCCUUACUCUUUCAUUCAGUCGACAGAUUCUUACAGACCAGGUGACCAAGUAAUAGUGUAUGUCCAGGCUCCAGCAGGUACUCCCUUCAAGGGUAUGAUGGUACAAGCUUAUGACCCAAGAACAAAUAAUACCAUUGGGGAAUUUUUAGAAGGUGUGGGUUUGAAGAAAAUAUUUGAAUGUGCAAGUAUGUCUCACAGUGAUAACAGAGACAAGAAAUCAGCUACACUUGUGUGGGUUGCUCCUCAGGAUUCUGGAAAUGUUCGAUUUAGAGCAACCAUUGUUCAGCAGUUCAACACAUUUUACCAUGGACUGUCUGCUGCCCUACAGAAGGUCUGAGAAAAUAAUUUGUACAUCAGAAAUGUGGAUGGUAGUCGUACAACCUUGAUACAUCCUGUUGCCACAUGAUCCAUAUAAAUAUCACAUUUUACUUUCAUCCAAAUGCAUCUAUCUCACUAUAAUUUACUUUUAAUACCGAAUUUGCGUGGAAGCCAUUCCUGUGCGACGAAUUACAAACUUAAGCUGGGAAAACAAUAAGAUUUAAUGAUGCUUCAUGAAUAAAAGCUAUAAAAUUAAAUAGAAAGGAACAUUUAAAAUGAUUCAACUGAUAAGAAAGGUUGUGAUGCAAAAUGACAUAAUUUAGGUACAGAAAAAGAUUUUCAUCUGUUGUUUUAAUUCCAUGGAAUUGUGUUACCACAUGAAUGUAAACAAGUACUUAGCACAGAAUACGCAGAAUUUUAUCAAUAAUUAAAACACAAGACUAAUGUUCUAACAAGCAUAUAAAAAUAUGCUUAUAAAGCAUAUAUGAACCGCAUAUAAUAAAUUAACGAACUUAAUAUUUUAGUUUUUCUCACCCACUCACAUUUCUAUCUAAAGAGAUUUACUAUUUUCCAUUUUGAUUAAUUUCUUCUAUUUAAUAAAGCGAUGCACAAUAUUUUAAUAUCUGAAAAUCAGUCUGCAUCCUAGUACUAAAAUAUUUUUUCUGAAAUGGUAUUUUUACAGAAGUCCAUUACAUUUUUUGUAAGAAUAAUGGACUGAAUCUUGCAUAAUUUUAGCAAAUAAUAAGCUUCAAAACAUUUCUUUACCUUUGAAAAUUCGUUUAUUUAAGGAUUAUUCUAUUAUUAUUAACAUUCACACAUCAGCAAUGCAUUUCUCUAUGCAUCCAUAAAACGGUAAUUCAUAUACAUAAUUUUAUUUCAAGCAGUGAUGUCAACACAGUGUACUGAAACUUUUUUACUUUUGAAGAAAAUUUCUUUUAGACUAUAUAUAUUACACAUGCGCUCAGAAAAUAUUUACUGCAGACUACAUACUACUUUAAACAGAUAAUUCCUUCAAGACAGGUGUGAAAACUUCUAGCUAAAAUAGAACUUUUUUUUUUAUUUAUAAAACAGUGUGAAUCAUACUUUAAAAUUAUAUUGAAUUCAAUUAUGAAUUUAUCUGUUAUACAUUUUUACCUCUACCAACCAUGUACUUAUUUACAGAAUAUUAUACAAAUGUAUUUUGUUGAUAAUUUUUACAAUUAUACAAAAGCUUUACAUAUUUGACUUGCUUUGAAUAAAAAAUGUAGAAAAAUGUU